GGAAGUAGCGGUGGCGCCCAGCCCCACAGUCCCCCAGGCUGAGCGGGUGUGUGGUCCCUGGCCGCCGCCGAACUCUGCAAGCCACGCUGGCUGCGUAUGGAGCCGAGGACUCGCGCGGAGGUGGGAUGCCCCCGGCCGGCGAGAUCGGCGAGGCGCCGGCAGCCCCGUGCUGCUCUGAACGUGCUGACGAAAGGAAGGACGUCGAGGAGAAAAGUAAGCGGACUCCAAACACGUUAGCAUUCUCUACCCAGCCAUCUCUCCAAAACUCAGCCCUCCACGGUGACAUAAAUAUUACAGCUCUUGUUGGAAAUGAACAAGUCAAUGAAGAUGCAGAUAAUGGUGAUCUCCCUUCUUACGUGUCUGCAUUUAUAGAAAAGGAAGUUGGAAAUGACCUUAAAUCUUUAAAGAAACUUGAUACACUCAUAGAACAGAUGACAGAAAAUAAAAUGCAAUUAGAAGAACAGGUACUUACAAUUUCAUCAGAAAUCCCUAAAAGAAUUCAGAGUGCUUUAAAAAAUGCAGAAGAAUCAAAGCAAUUCCUUAAUCAGUUUAUGGAGCAAGAAACUCAUCUCUUCAGUUCCAUUAACAGCCAUUUGCUGACCGCACAGCCCUGGAUGGAAGAUCUUGGGGCCAUGAUCAACCAAAUUGAAGAGAUUGAGCGCCAUCUUGCUUACCUUAAAUGGAUUUCACAAAUUGAAGAACUAAGCGAUAACAUUCAGCAAUAUCUGAUGACCAAUAAUGUCCCAGAGGCAGCCUCUACUCUGGUGUACAUGGCAGAACUUGACAUCAAGCUUCAGGAGUCAUCUUGUACUCAUCUUCUUGCUUUCAUGAGAGCCACUGUUAAAUUCUGGCAUAAGAUUCUCAAGGACAAACUUACAAGUGAUUUUGAGGAAAUUUUGGCCCAACUUCAUUGGCCCUUCAUCACACCCCCCCAGUCUCAAACUGUUGGCUUGAGUCGACCAGCCACUGCCCCUGAGAUAUACACUAACCUGGAGACACUGUUUUGUCAGCUUCUGAAACUACAAACCUCAGAUGAAUUACUUACUGAGCCAAAACAACUUCCAGAAAAAUACUGUCUUCCUGCCUCCCCGUCUGUCAUUCUGCCCCUCCAGAUCAUGCUGACGCCCCUUCAGAAGAGGUUCAGGUAUCACUUCAGAGGGAACCGCCAGACUAAUGUCAUAAGCAAGCCUGAGUGGUACCUGGCUCAAGUACUUAUGUGGAUCGGGAAUCACACUCAGUUUCUGGAUGAGAAGAUUCAGCCAAUAUUAGACAAAGUGGGCACUUCAGUAAAUGCUAGGCUCGAAUUUUCCCGGGGCCUUAUGAUGCUCGUUCUUGAGAAGUUAGCUGCUGAUAUUCCAUGUCUGCUCUAUGAUGACAAUCUCUUCUGUCAUUUGGUGGAUGAAGUGCUUUUGUUCGAAAGGGAGCUACACAGUGUUUAUGGCUAUCCUGGCACUUUUGCCAAUUGUAUGCAUAUUCUAUCAGAGGAGACCUGUUUUCAGAGGUGGUUGACUGUGGAGAGAAAGUUUGCUCUUCAAAAAAUGGACUCAAUGCUUUCAUCAGAAGCUGCCUGGAUAUCCCAAUAUAAGGAUAUCACCGAUGUGGAUGAGAUGAAAGUUCCAGACUGUGCAGAGACUUUUAUGACGCUACUACUGGUGAUAACUGACAGAUAUAAAAAUCUUCCCACGGCUUCCAGAAAGCUACAGUUCCUGGAGUUACAAAAGGACUUAGUAGAUGAUUUUAGGAUACGAUUAACUCAGGUGAUGAAAGAAGAGACUAGAGCUUCCCUUGGCUUUCGGUACUGUGCGAUUCUCAAUGCCGUGAACUAUAUCUCAACAGUACUAGCAGAUUGGGCUGACAAUGUUUUCUUCCUACAACUUCAACAGGCAGCACUGGAGGUCUUUGCAGAGAAUAACACCCUCAGUAAGUUGCAGCUGGGACAGCUAGCCUCGAUGGAGAGUUCUGUCUUUGAUGACAUGAUUAACCUGCUAGAACGUUUAAAGCAUGACAUGUUGACCCGCCAAGUAGACCACGUUUUUAGAGAAGUUAAAGAAGCUGCAAAAUUGUAUAAAAAAGAAAGGUGGUUGUCCUUGCCGUCGCAGGCCGAGCAAGCUGUGAUGUCCCUGUCCAGCUCGGCGUGCCCACUCCUGCUCACACUCAGAGACCGCUCCCUUCAGCUGGAGCAGCAGCUCUGCUUCUCCUUGUUUAAAAUUUUCUGGCAAAUGCUUGUGGAGAAGCUGGAUGUAUACAUCUACCAAGAAAUCAUUCUUGCUAAUCACUUCAAUGAAGGAGGAGCGGCUCAGUUGCAGUUUGAUAUGACUCGGAAUCUGUUCCCCUUGUUCUCCCACUAUUGCAAGAGACCAGAAAAUUAUUUUAAACAUGUAAAAGAAGCCUGUAUUGUUUUGAACCUGAACGUUGGUUCUGCCCUACUUCUGAAAGAUGUCCUCCAGUCUGCUUCAGGGAAGCCUGCCACAGAGGCAUUAAAUGAAGUUGGAAUUUACAAAUUGGCUCAACAAGAUGUUGAGAUUCUACUUAAUUUGAGGACAAACUGGCCUAACACUGGAAAAUAAUGCAUCAUUUUUUGUUUUGGAGUUUUUGUUUUUAACAAAGAGGAAGCCAAUUGGAUUUCAAGUUAUAUGAUGACAUUCUGAAUUAAUGAAACUGGACAAUUGAAAACUUUAUAGAACCAUUUAUUAUCUUGGACUUAGGGUGUUAUUAAAAUGCUGACCAUAUUUUCUCAGUCCUCUUCUUCCUAAGAAACCAAAAACAGAAAACUCAGAAGCCAGGAAAACUCAGAGUAAUUUCAUUUACAAAUACAAAUGCUAAGUAGGUCUGUUGAAUAAGAUACAAGAGCAGAGAUAAUAAAUUACAACGAAUUUUCAAUUUCCUUUGCUAAUUAAGGGAGACUAUUAUAGAUAAUCAAACGUAGCAAAUAAAUUUUUAAAACGUCAA